UGUGUGCCCGCCGCCUGGCCAUUCCGCACCUUCCCGUCUCUGCAAUAUCACAUGCGCUCCCUCUAUCUCGUGUGCGUGUGCGUGCGUGUCGCGUAUAUACAUAUAUAUAUAGUGCAGGCCUUGAGCUGGUGGGUCUCCUGUUCGGGCUAAGUGCUCCUGUAGGAUACACUCGCUGGUCCCGCGGGAUCUCAAGCCUAAAAGCCCCUUGAGGAAAAAAAGGAUUUGCCGCUGAGGUGAACAGAAAGUAUUUAUUUAUUUAUUUAUCUCAACUCUUCGUCCGUUCUGGUUGUGAACGCGCUGACGGAAGAGAAGUCAAAGAAACAGAAAAAAAGGAAGAAGAAGGAAAAGCUAAAGAGAUUAUUCAAUUAGAAACAAAAGAGAGAGAGAGAGAGAGUAAGGAAUACUUUUUUGUACACACGUACGUCUCGAUAUCCUGUAACCGUGCUUGGAAAUUCAGUGUAGUGUUCUGACUCAACCGCUGCAAGAACGACAAGCAAGCGGACAAGCGUGGUUUCUCAAGCAGACUUCAUGCUUGAUCAAGAUUUCAGUCGCAGCCUUUCGCCAGCUUUUGCCAACGAGAGAAAUUGGUAUAGUUGGUUGUUUUCGAAGGAGAUCGCCAAUUAUAUUCACCCUUCGCAUCUUAGGAAGGACGAUAUGAAACUAGUCGAGGGAGGCUACGGCGCCAUGGGGACCUCGUCGCAGUACUGCCUGCGCUGGAACAACCACCGCAACAACCUCCUGGCCGCCUUCGACCAGCUCUUGCACGUCGAGGCCUUCACGGACGUGACUCUGGCGUGCGAGGACGGCGCCACGCUCCACGCCCACCGCCUCGUCCUCGCCGCAUGCUCCUCCUACUUCCAGGCGCUCUUCGUCAACGCCCACACGGCCAACCACCCCAUCGUGGUGCUGAAGGACGUGCGGGCGUGCGACAUGCGGGCGCUGCUGGAGUACAUGUACCGCGGGGAGGUCAACAUCGAGCACGACGCCCUCCAGGGCCUCCUGCGGGUGGCCGAGAGCCUCAAGGUGAAGGGGCUCGUCGAGGAGCUCGGCAAUGAGACCAACGCCGCCCUCCGCCCGCCCUCGCCGCCGCACGAAGCCUCCCACCCGCCCUCCACGCCCGUCGACGCCCGCGCCCUCCAGGACCUGCCGCCGCGCUCCAGGGUCGAGCCGCCCACCUCGGCGUCCGGCCCCGCCCCUCUGUCGGUGUCGAGCCACGAGCAGGUGCGCGCCUCGUCGCCCACGCCCCCCCUGUACCCCCUGCCCCCGCCCGGCCACCCCCUGCACCGCCCCAGCCCCGCCCCCCGCGCCCGACCUCCAGACGCCCGUGAGCUCGACCUGCGCGGCGACGCCCGCGACCUGAGGGACCACUUGAGAGAGCACCUGCGAGAGCCCCUCCGCGACGCCCACAGAGAAUCGCUCAGAGACGCCCACCGCGACGCCCUGAGGGACCCGCGCGACGCCCACGAGCCGAGGGACGUGCACACGCCCGGCAGCCUGGACUCGGACCCGCCGCGGCCGCCGCUGUCGCUCAUCUCGCCCGUGCCAUGCUGCCCGAACCCAUGCUCUCGCCCACGCCCAUCCUCCGCACCGCCCCCGGCCACGGCUCCCGCCUGGGCCUCGUCCAUGAUGCCCCUGCCCGGACUCCUCAGCUCGCACGUGCCCCACCUGCUGCCCCACGACCACCGCGACCACCUCGAGUCUCCGUACAGUUUGUCGCUGAAGAAGGAACAGCACGACGAGGAAUCCCGCUCCAUGUCCGAUAUCUCGCGCGAGGACGAACAGGAAAAGUCGAAGAUCGAAUCGCUGGCCAACGGACCCCUCCUGCCUGAGUUCAACCCGUACCACAUCGACCCCAACGGCCCCUCCCACUACAGCAACUUCGUCAGCUACGUGCCCACGCCCAAGCCGGAGUGGAAGCGGUACAAGCAGUAUACCAAGACUGACCUCAUGGAUGCCAUCGAAGCCGUCCGGAGUGGCAUGACGGCGCUGCAGGCUUCGCGGAAGUACAAGGUUCCUUCCCGAACGCUGUACGACAAGAUCAAGAAGAUGGGCAUCAGCACCGUGCCCCGCCGCAUGCCCAGCAAGAAGCCCUCCCCCUCGAGCACCGACCUGGAGACCAGCACCGCCGACACGCACGCCCCGCCCGAGCACCACGACCCGCCGCCCAGGGACGCCAGGGACGCCAGAGACCCGCCCCUCCCGGACCACGACAAGAGGCACCACAAGAGCGCGACCAGCGACGACGACGACCACUCGGCCUCGGGCGCCCCCGUGGUCAUCGACGACGAGGACGAGUCCUCCUCGCCGACCCCGGGCUCCACGCCGGCCCUCGGCUCCUUCUCGCUCGUCGGACGCAAGAUGUACGAGAACGGCGCCGGGGAGUCCUCGGCCAAGCCCCUCGACCUCACCGACACGGAGUCGCUCCUGCCCAAGCGAGCCGAGAUCGAGGAGCGGGCCUAAGCGGCGGCGGGGCAGGCGGAGCGCCGCGUCCCGCCCGCCGGCGCCGAGGCACGUAGUUCAAAUGGCCAGCGCUGGGCCGGGCCGCCCUCGGGCUCGCGCCUCGCAGCCAGCGCCAUCUUCAUUGCACUCAGGUUAUCUGGAGGUCGUCUCGAGGACCAGUCAGUCUCAGUAGUUCGUCUCCCGUCGAGGAACUGACCUCCAGCAAGGGUUGUGACCUCUCUUAGUCCUCAGGGGGUUGAAGGCGACGUCCGGUCUCGCAAGGAGCUCGAACCGAAGCAGAACUUGCCCUUAGCGCCACCGCCGACUGCAGUUCCGGAUUGCCUUCAGCGUCUACUGGUGGGCUCACCUCAGGUUAUUUCCCGCCUUUCAACGGCUCACACAGUGUUAGAACGGGCGCCUGCGAACACGUCUUGCUUGUAAGGGACAGAAGUGAGCUGGCCACGUGCUUGAAGGCAGUGAUUCCCCCUCGGCACGCAGGAGGAGUGACGUGAGAGAGGGUAGUCACAUAGGGCAUUACCGAGCUCCUCCACAGGCAAGCGAGUCGCAAGCCAGCCACAUCGCAAGCAAGACGGGUUGGAAGCCGCCGCCCGAGAGUUGUCCUUUCCUUGAGUCCGAGCGGGAGAAGUCGACUUAGUCUUUUGUCUGUGAGUGUCUCCCAGUGUUGGACGUUUCGGGAAGACCCUUAAGAGUGACGGAUAGGUCGAGGCGGCACGCGGGGCAGGGCCAGGGGGGCCGAAGCCAGCGGGAGCGACAGGAGGAAAGUUGAGACGAAGAAAUGGGAAAAAAAAGACGCAGUGUCGAUCGAGACGGGUCUGUCUGCAAUACGUCUGUCUGUCUCCCUCCCUCCCGAGGUGGAAAAGGCAGUUGCCCCCCACUCCCCCUCCCCCUCCCCACCACCCUACCUUCUCCUGUGCCGUCUUGACUCGUCUGUGUGAAGCCGUGGUAAUCAAAAUGUACCCCAUGUGUUACUCACGAUUUUCAAGAUUUAGAGAAUGUAUCCAUAGUUGUAAGUAUGCAGUCUUUACUUGCUCUUGAUGUAUACUAAAAUACCUCACCUAAACCAAGGACUUUGUAUACGAGGACCUCCCAAAAGAUAUGGGUGGACCUGCUACGGUACAGAAUAGUAUACGAUCAGAAUUAUAAAUUAUAUAUGUUCAGAUUUACUUUCUUUAUGAAUGCAUAGUUCUAGUAUGGACACUAAUGUGAGAAUGAUGUUUAUAAGUUGUUGUUGUGUUUUUUUUAUUAUGUUAUAUUUCAGCGUGUAUGAUAUUAUGGUAGAUAAUAGAACAUCCAUUUUUGAGUAUACGAGUGGUAUGGAAUCAGGCACGGACGGCCAUUUUCCCCCACAAAAACUGUAGUUAAGAUUGACUUUGUUCAGGAAAAAGGGAAAUUUACCAGUCCUCUCCCCCUUUAACAAAAAAAGAGGAAAUCCUGAAUGCGGUCUGGAGGAAAAUAAGGAAGGAAGGAAAGAUAUUUAAAAGAAAAGAAGAAAGAAAGUAAUACCGGUGAUGAUAAUAAAAAUUUGAUAUUUCUAACUUCAUGUAUGAUUUCAAAAAACUUUUUUUUUUCGUCUUUCUUUCAAGACACCAUUUUGGCUCGAUAGUGAAAGGAGAGACCAAUAAUUUGCCCCAGCGAAUGAAGGUGAAUGAAAUAAAGCAUAAAACACCAAAAUGAGAAGAAAAAAGAGAUUCAUAACGCGAUUGAUAGAACGAAACCCUGUGAGACUUUUCUGUGAUGAUAAAACGAAAAAUAAAAUGAGGAAAGUGCCAAGCCGCCGGGAGCCAAGUGGCACUCCCUCCCUUGUCUGUUGGCCCUCUGUGGUGGCUCUUCCCUCUCGCUCUUGUCGCAAGGGACGAGGGAAGUAAAAAAAGAGAGAAAGAAUAGGGAAAGAGAUGAAAAUAAGGACAUUUUUUUUGUAUGAGAAAGUUGUGCGUGGCAUGAUAGAAAGAGAAGGGAAAAAGUAACAUUUUUUUUAAAGUUGUUUUUUUCGAUUUUUUUUUUUCGAAAGGGAAAGGGAGAAGAUGAGAUGGAGGGAGUAAUGCAUUUGAUAAGGAAUUAGAUGCAGACUUCUUUCAAUUUCCUGCGAAAAUCCGUUAGCUUAAGAAAAGUCUUUUUUUCUUAAUUCUGCUAAUGAAUCGCUUUUACUUUUUUUUCCCUUUGAGAAGAAAAAAAACAACAAAUGCCUAACGACUAACGACUCAAUCAAGGCAAAAAAAAAAGCAAAAAAAAACAACAACAUCCCAACCAUUUAGAAAAACAAAUAAAAACUAAAACUAAAAAAAAAAAAAAUAUCCGAAAUCUUUUUUGCAUUUACUCGUAAGAACUUUGUAUGAUACAACUGUGGAGAAAGAAAUACAUCGAUUUAGAGUUUAAGGUUUUUUGGCCCAAAAGUUGAGGUUUAUUCACGUUUCAAUUUUUUUUUUUUUUUUUUUUUUUUUUUUUUUUUUUUUUUUUUUGAAGAUGGAAUUUUUGGCGGCACUGAUAUCUGUUUGGCUAGGAAAAAGAUACGAAAAAAUGACCAAAAAAAGAUAUAUAUUACCUUAUGAUUUACAUUCGGGGUGUGUCUCACUGUAAGCAUCAUCACUGUUCUAAUUAAGCUUAGGAAGCUUGAUAAAGAAAGUAAAGCAGAAGAAACGAGAGAUUAUGCCAGCGCAUCUCUGAACGUAUAUAUGUGUAGGUACGGUUUUGGAAGGUCGAAAACCUAGCAAGUCGAGGCUCUUUGGAAAAGGGUGUGGUGAUUUCUUCUCUCUCUCUCUCUCUCUCUCUUCUUCUCUCUCUCUCUCUCUCUCUUUCUCUCUCUCUCUCUCUCUCUCUCUCUCUCUCUCUCUCCUCUCUCUCUCUCUCUCUCUCUCUCUCUCUCUCUCUCUCUCUCUCUCUCUCUCCACCAAAACACACUUAUUUAGUCCAGAGAAGUCAACUGAAGAAUAAAUAGAUAGUAGAUGGAUAUAGAACAAGGAAAACAAGAGAGAAAAAAAACGGUCACAACCCUUUGAGAGUCUCGGCUUGACCUGAGAUGCGUUCGGGCGACGGCCAAAACUUGCUCCCGGGUUGAAAGAAUCUUGCGUUGGCUUGCUCAGAAAGAUCGACGUGUAUAUUUUUUUUUUCUUUUUUUUUUCUUCUUUUCUUUUCCUUUCGUUAAUUUUUUUGUACGUGUGUUGUUACCUGUGAACAAUUAUUUAUUAUCUAUUUUAUAUUAUCAUUUUAUAUUAUGAUAACUGUUGUGAUGUUUCUGCAACAUCUUUUUUUGUUUCGUUUUUCUCUCACUCAAAUUGAUAAAAGAGAAAUAAUAAAAAACUAUUGCAAUA